UUUUUGAUCGUUUUCGGAAUCAUUUUAGGCUUUGCCGACCCCAUCACUGAUAUUCUCACACUUGUGGAAUUCUACCGCGAGGAUCACAAGACGUGGUUCGGUGUAGGGCUCACUUUCGUCUUUUUUCCCUGUUUUGUGUUUUUACGGACUUAUUAUGUUUUAAACAAAUCUGAAUUGAAAAAGGUCAGCAUUGCAAGGAGGUGCACGCAAGUUAUCCUUUGCGCUGCAAAUCCAUUCUUUCCAGCCUUUCUAAAACUGCAAACACUGUUUUCCUACCUGAAGAAUUUUACGAAUUUCUGGCGUGGCAAUAGAGUUUCAGGAAUCGAUUCAGAAAAUAGUGACGAAGAAGCUCAUGUUGAUCUAUUGCAUCAGAGCAAUGUCGCGGUUCUGUUUGAGGGCACUCUUGAAGCAGCUCCUCAGUUUAUUAUUCAGCUGUACGCCAUGGUUGUUCAACAGCAAUCCGUGACGAUCGUCCAAAUGGUUUCCCUGCCCGUGUCUUUCCUCAGCUUGGCUUGGGCGUCUACUGUUGGCGAUGAGAUCAUUCACUACAAUGUAGGUGGCACUAAUGCGGGGCGAAAUUUAAUACACAGACUACUUCGCUUUGCAACGCAUGUAUUCCUUUUGAGCAGUCGACUGUUUGUCAUUGCGUUGUUCACCGUACGUUACAAGUGGUGGAUUACCAACGUUUUGAUCCUCCAUUCUAUGGCGAUAGUGGUCUGUGAUAUCGUCUGGUUUUUUCCCCGAACACAGUGUAUUGCGAAAGCACUGGAAGCUGCACGUUUAAUAGCUUCCUAUUUCUGCCUCCAUUGGCUGCGAGAUGACAUAGCAGUUAGAAUACAUGAGGAAUCAAGAGAAAAUCGAAAGAAAGAACUGAGAAUUAUGCAGUUGUUUUCCAACGUACUGUUUGUGAUAGAAAACAUCACCCUGAUCCUGUUGUUUUAUUUCAGUCAUUUCCCUCACACCUGGUUCUCCUUACCAGUCACCAUCUGCGUCUGUUUGUUUACUGUUCUUGGAGCCAUAAUGAGACUUGCUCAUUUUUCUUUUUUAUCGAAAAAGUUAAAUGAUGAUACAGCUGAUGAUAGUGAUGACUUUUCUUAACUAACUUGCUAAUAAUUACUCUUGUAGCCUAAUCUAAUUCGAGAGAGUACUAAUAUCAGUUGGGACGAAAGUUCUGUUCUCACCAGCCACAGAGUAGUUCAAAAGCUGAGAACCAUGCAAAUGUUCUAAAGUGUUCUGUUUGCGAUGGGAAAUAUCAUCUUGUUCCUGUUUUUUUUCUUUCCGGGUUCGCAGCAAUUCCAGUCACUGUUAACGAAGGAAUAAAAUAAUGCUGACCAAGUAGUUAGUCAUUUUACCGCAAUCGAGAGGCUGGAAAAUGAAACGAUAGAUGACAGUAUGAACUUGGAUUGGAACACCUCAAAUUAGUUGUGCAUGAUCUGUGAUCAUGUUUUCCGACUCAGAGCAACCGUAUUAAUUCCUGUAACCGAAUAAUCUCUCCAGCCAUGUUAAAUUGAUUUACUGUGUUUUUUUUUACCGUACUUGUACUUGCUUAUUUUUCGUAACUUUGGCGAAUUCAUUCAGUCUAAACUAGACCAAAUUAAACUGGACUAGACUCGCACUCGGUAGACUAGACUUUACUAUAGAAAAAACCCAAACUAGUAAGCUGAAAAUAAACUUGUAGCUCUCUUUAAGUACGUACCGAAAAUAAAACUCUAAAUCGCUGUUUUAUCGAGUCAUUUUUUCUUGUAUACUUGAUCAUGCAUGCAUGUAGUCUAAAUGUAUAUCAAAUAAAUAGGAACCUUCUGUGGUUUUUUUCAACUUUUCACAUGGAUCAGUUAAGGAAAAUCCGUCGACAUCACUUGAAAGAGCGCCUUAAAAUUAGUAAAAUUGCCAAAUUUAAAAGUUACACGUCUUAAGCGAACGAAGAUAUAGCUACCGGGGAGGCAAAGUGUCGAAAAUGUUUAAACGUUUGUAUGGUGGGCGGCUUGUUUGUGCCCCCCACGCAGUAAGUAAGGUGAAAGAAAGACACUGACUUUCACAGAAAUGGUUACCAUAAGGAACAUCAGGGGGGUUCCUGAUGAGCAACAUCGGGGGGGACCCCAUGGACAGAGUUUCCUUAUAAACCGUUACCAUGGCUACGCAAAAAAAAGCACAAAAUACAUCCGAGAUUGUAGCUCUUAUGGAUUAACACGCGUCGACCAAAUACUAACCCAUUUGCCUGAUUAAGUAAAAAGAUAUGAUUUUUCAAAGUUUUAACCCUAUACGAAAAUGCUGAAAUUUGAUGCUUCAAAAUACCCCCCACCCCCCUCAGAAAGCGCAACGUACCAAGUCACUGACACCACAAUUUGUAGAUCCGAAUGUCGAAUAAGUGAUCUGUGGGUAUUUGGCUAUCUGAAUCUGUUGUCAAACCUUUUGUGUGGUGGGGGUGCUGCGCGCGUAACCCAUUUUUUGGGUCUCUUUUAGAAAUCUGCUCCUCGACUACGAUGAGCAACCCAACCCCACUGCAGUUGAAUUAGGAGCCACGGAGCAACAAUACAUGCUAGGCGAAACAUUUCUAACGAAAGUACGUAAUCGUAUGUGGCAAGAGUUAUGUGAUGUAACCGUGUAAGUAUUGUUUCGUUAACGAAUAACGCUGGAACAAGUGGACCAUCAUCCGCAACAAACCACUAGGUUGUUAAAUCAUUGUGGACAAAAAGUGUAUAUGAAAAGUAAAAGUUUGUUGCCAUGCUAGCGAGGAACAGAGCAGGCACAAUCAAAAUCAUCUUGGUCUUAUUCUAUGAAACUUCUCUUCAUACUCAGAAGAAAUUCUUCGCCAAACUUUUCAACUUAUGGUUUGCGCUUACUCUCAGUUGGCGUUUUACAAAGUGCUUAAAGCAAUGUGUUCACACAUGUAGCCAUCGUACGGACACGUUAAAUUAUAAUCAGGCAGGUCAGCCGAACGAUAACAAUGCUUUUCAAUCAAUACUUCAGUGGGCAGGUAAUGAAUUCAAAUAUUGGCUUAGAGGUGUAUAGCCAAUAGUCGGAGCGAUCUUGUGGGAGAGGCGAUGGUGAGCCGCUUGAAUUCAGAAAUGAUUUUCUAAUACCAGACUAUUUUCAGCUAAAUUUUAGACUGCGAGGUUAAGAAACCUCAAGUUAUCAUAACUUUUAACAAAACAGCACAUAUGAACUUAUCAUACAGUCUUUAAUGAGCUAUGACCAUGGCAACGUACGUGUCAUGAGCCACAAAAACGCCCCGGGAUCAAAAUUAUCAUAAUGCUCUGUUUUGCGUGAAAAGUGUUAGACAAAACCAAUUUGACAGAGACAGCUUUGGUUUAAAAGUUUCUUAACAGAUUGACCGAACUUAUCCACGAAAUUCGUUGCCUGCACCAUAAGCGGAACAGGGUUUCUAAUGUUAGCCGCACAACGGCUCCACUCUUAAAACACGGUUUUAAAAUGUUUUCUCAUGAACAUUUUAGGCUUGUUAUAGUGUUUCAAUUAAGGAUCUACAUAAGGUGAAAACGCAAAAGAAGUAAUUGUACUCCCCCCCCACCCAAAUAGAAAACUGUAUCCCCCAAUUUUCAACUGCUUUUGAAAAUUGUAUCCCCCACCGGACCCUCCCCCGUAGAUAUAAUCAACCAGAGGCGCUUUCUAUUCAACAAAAAAUUCCGGCUUCUUCAAAUUUCAGAAAUUUCAGGUCCCCCGAAAGGAACGGUAGAUUACGAUCCAAUUCAAGGUACCACGCGUUUGGUUAUCGUACUUGUAAGCAGCAUACAAAAGAGCGGUACUAGGUACAACAAUUUGGCAAAUGGAAAGGAACCCAGUAGGACCGAUCAAAUUGGACCAUAUUUAAAGGUGGUCCCAAAUAUUCCGGUCGGACCAAACCGAAAUGAUCCGUUCCAUUUGAUUUCUAACCGAAGUUUCUGCAAUUUUGGGCUGAAUGAAUGGAAAGCGCCCAAAAGUCGCUUAUGAUGAUUUAUGAUCACACGUCACGGGAUAAUUUGUUAAGACACUGAUUCUCUUUUGUGAAAAUAAAUGAAUUAUAAAAAAUGAACUGCCAUUCACUACGAAUUUCCAUUUUAAUCCACAUAGUUCACAACUUUCUCAACCAUGAAAAGUGCGCCGAGUCAAUGAGACAGGAAGUUCUUUCUUGUUUUGUGCAGUUAGCAGCUGAGUCAGAGGGGAGUCAGAAAGGUCGAAGUAAUGGCGGAACUCAAAUGGUACGGUAUCUUGGAAGUUCUUUUUGGAACCAUUUUAAGCAUUGCUGACCCCGUCACUGACAUCCUUACACUGGUGGAAUUCUACCGCACAGAUCACAAGACGUGGUUCGGUGUAGGGCUUACAUUCAUUAUUUUGCCAAUUGUGUCGUUUCUUUACAUUAACUACCAGGAUACAUCACGGAGAGAUGAUGGAAUGUGCCAGUCCAAGGCUUGGAAAUUCGCACACGUUUUAGUAAUUGGAUGCAAUCCACUCUAUCCGGCCUGGCUGAAACUGCGAACGCUUUAUUGCUACCUAAAGAAGUUACUAACACUCAGGCAAGGUAAUAACACCGAUCAAACGGAUGAUGACUGGGAUUAUCUACGGGAGGUGAGCAAAUUCGCUGUUCUGGCCGAGGCCGCUCUUGAGGCAGCUCCUCAGUUUAUUAUUCAGUUGUACGCCACAGCUGUUCAACAGCAAUCGGUGUCGAUCAUUCAAAUGGUUUCCCUGCCUGUGUCUUUCCUGAGCAUAGCGUGGGGGUCU